CUCUCGUCUCAAGAUGGCAACGCAGGAUAGUAAUCUAAAGAGAGAAUCAAAGCUUGGAUUGGUUUUGCUGUUUGCGAUUCUAUUGAUUUCUAUAGCAGCCUUUGUUUUGGCUGUAGUUAUCCUGGCAAAGUUAGGAUCAGCUUGCUCUUGCGAUAACACAGUUCAAGCUACAGUCAGAAAGUUGAAGGUUGUCAACUAUGGAAACCUGUCCGUUUUACGUAUAGAUUAGAGAUUACUCUGAUGUUUAAACAAUGCAUUUAGUUUAUAAUAGCAAGCUUAGUAUUAGAUACCAUCCAUCCAUUUUUGGAUUCUUGACAUGGAAAAUUGUGCUAGACCUUCAUCAUUUAGGUUUUUUAGUCAUUCGGAGCGGAUUUGAUUACACUGGACUUUCACUUUGCGAGUCGCGAACGUGUCGUGACGUCUCCGUGUUAUGAUCCGUGUCUUUGCACUGUCAUACGAAUUACGCUCUAUAUAAUUAAUUGCCCCAGGGUAGUACCCCAAACAUUGUUUAAAGAAAUUCUACUUUUGUCUAUAUAAUAGCUAAAAUGGAAUUAAUUAAGUGCUACAUAAUUUGAUGAUACACUUCUCACAUCCCAACAAUAACGUUUUUGUGUAAGCUUCUAUGUUUUAUCACUAACCAUUGCAGCCUAUGUUCUGACAGUGUUAUAACUGUUCUAUUUAUAAUAAACAUAAUUCGAUAUUACUUAUAUACAUAUGUGCUCAAUUGAAAGGGAGUCCAUCUACACUUCAGGUUCACGAAAAUCAAAAGAAUAAUAUGUUAGAAGUGGAGACAAAGCUGAUGGCGGAAGCAAUUAAAGACACAGUCGAAAAAUGCAGAGAUACAUGUAGUAAUAGGAAUUUGACGCAAAGACUGGAAAUUCUUGAGAAUGAACAACACAAUGUUGCGAAUCGGUUACAGAAGAACAUCAACGAYUCCAACGACAAGUGCAUGAGCGUAAACUACACCCUGACUGUCAAGAUCAAUGAGGUAUCUAAGAUGGAGGGACCUAUGGGACCACGUGGUUACAAUGGUAGUCAAGGAAUACAGGGUGAAAAAGGCGACAAGGGAGAUGCUGGAGCAGUGGGGCAGCAAGGACCUUCAGGGGCUGGGAAUCUGACGCAGUGUGUUGUGAAGUUUGAUCAAUCCAAUGGCGCUAACGUAGGCAACUCGGCAAAUCAAGUGAUAGAAGUAACGGCAGAAACGGGAAAAAAGAUUUUGCAUUAUUCUUGCUCUUCAAACAACGCAGACAUCGUUCAAAGACUAUAUAGAGUCAAUAACAACAAGAAUUACUACUCAUGUUUGUGUUUAGGGCAAGGAACCUACUCAUAUUCAACCAUUCCAGGAACUGGUAUAAUUGAACCUGCGAAAAUGUUUUGUUACAUAACUUACACAGAAUGUCCGCUGAUAUCUUAA